CAUGACUGAUCUAAAGCCACUCGACGGUUUAAGCUCUUAUCAGCCAUGACCGGGAAUUGGAGCAAUGUUGGCUCUCAAAUCGAUGCGGGUGCCUUCUUUGGCAACAGAGCACGCGACAAGCUUUCAGGAAUUGCCAUCAGAAAUCCUCGAUCUUAUUGCUGAUCAGCUGUAUGAUGCUGGUUUUGGCCUUGCUGAUGGGCUCAUGGCCUUUUCGCUCGUGUCCCAUCUUUGUCGUCUAUCAGCACUACCCUUCUUGUUCAGCAACAUCAGUCACGUAGUAAGGGACAGGCUGGAUCAGCAAGAGCAUGGGACACUCGGUCGUUUUCUAAAUCAUCCUCAUCUUCUUCGCCACGCCAAAGAGCUACAUGUUGUACGCCCAGCAGAGCUUCGCGGAUUCGUCCCCUCCUUGGACGAUGCCAGUGCACGGCGCCUCGCCCAGGAGCAUAGGUCAGCCGAUCUCCAAGUUAUCAAAAAGGGCCUGCCUUUAAUGCCUCGCCUCCGUCGCAUCAGAUUAGACUGUUCGGCUGCAGUUGCACUCGAGAUUCUCAAGCUGUUACCAGCAAAUGCUAUCUACGAGAUAAUCUUGGACCACAUCUAUACUUCAUCGCAUUGGCCCACGUUGAUCGAAGCAACCACAGAAUUGGCGACAUUCGGAAGUAAACACCGACUUGCAUUGGGUGCUUUUGGGUUGUCCCCAUCACAACACGCUUCGAUUGGCCAAGCGACAUACGACGCAAUAUCAAAAGCAGCUGCAGUGGAUUUGCACAUGGCUUGGCUUCUCAAGGAUAAUCGGGUGCCUCAGGGCUCUAGUGUUGCAAGAGGUCCUUGCAUCGCCGAAACACCCUCCUGGACAGAGUUGCGGCUUUUGAUCAGGCGUGCUUGCGGAACAACCACUUAUUCGAUACGAGACCUUGACCUGGAGAUAGUGCCGUGGACGAAUCUUCGAAGGCUUUCGAUCCUCUGGGAGUACGCAAUGCCGAUGAAUCAAUUCAUAUUUGAUGUUGCGCCGAGGCUCAUCAAUUUGGAGGCACUGCGGCUGCGUGCUGACCAUCAGAGGCUCUAUCACCCUGCUUGCAAAUACGAUGUUCCGACAACUGGCCUAUUUGCAGAUACACCGAUCGUGCCUCCUUUCGAGAUUGAUUACACGCAAAUGCGGGAGCUUCGGGAACUUGAGAUUGAUGGAAUAUGCAAUCAUAUUCCCAUCGGGGCGUUGCUUGGGCCUAAGCUCCGGAGUUUGCGUCUGCACCGUGAAGACACUCUGUGGUCGGUUUACAGUCCCGAGAGCCAGAGAACUCCUGGUGAUAUCUCGUCCGCGACCAAGAUCUGCCCCGACUUGGAGCGGCUUGAGUUGGACAUAGGAUACAUUGAGAAUCUCUGGCAUCCGACUGCAAUACCUGGAGUGGACGUGGAUGUGGAGCAAUAUUCCUUCUUGAAUGCCAUUUCCAAGUUCAGACGAUUACGACACCUCCGUCUGUUUCCUCCCUUUGUCCCCAAGGACUCCCCCCGUUUCAGUCGGAGUGUACCACACUGUGUUCCCGUCUCUGAUGAUCAGGCCAUCAGAGUAUUCGAACACCUGCGACAGGAGUGUCCGUCAUUGCAAACACUUUCGAUUGCCGCUAUUCCGUCUUUCGUGAUGAUUGAUACCAUGUGUUGGGUGGUGAAACGUCGAGGCGAGAAAACCAUCUUGACCACGAAACAUCGAGAGAGGAAUUACCAGCAUCGACAGAUAUGGGUUGGACAGCGAAGAAUUACCAGUGAGAUCAAACGAUUCAGCGCCCCACCCAGAUAUCUCCCUGACUCAGAGGGUUGGAUGUUGACCCGCAAUGAUAUGCAUGACAUCCGUUGACGGCUCUCCAUACGUGUGCGAAAUGGACGUUGUCGCCAAGUUUAUUGUCUUCCACGACCAGAGCAACCACAAAUAAAAGUGAACGAUACCCACAGACUUCUUGGGCCUCAAACCAUGACUAUGAGGAAUGCCGGGGUAUGACGCCUGGAUCUUGGGGGUUGCAGUAUCUCGUAUUGAGCACCAAGGAACGCGGUGGCCGCUUGAUAUUGGUCGACCUCGCUCGUGCCGACUGUCCAGGCCGGAGUGAAGAUUCUAUUCAACACUUGACCGAAAUCUCUUGCAGUGCCAAGAUAUGGUCUCAAUCCGUGUUACAACUUCCGGAUCUUGCUGAUGAUGGAACGGAAACUUCCCCUGUGCACGUUCAUACUGGCCGCUCUUGAUUGGUGCAAACCACCCCGGGCGUCUGUGACGGAUAUUUAGACGAGGAUUCGUUGCCCAACUAUAAAGAACGUCCAUCCAGCACCCCGUCAAUCUCGACUCUUUCAUGCUCUAUUUCCUUGUCCUUCAAUAAUCCGAAUCAUUUGAAGGGCAAAUCAAUUCGUUUCCAGUGGUGUUUGCAAAUAUGCCAUCAUCGAUGUGUACACCACUUGUGCUGCUCUUUCUAACCGUCUCGGCGGUGGCUCUUCCACCUCAACCACAGACAUACCUUGCCAGUCAAGUCAAUCUAUCUGGAUGGGCCGCAGACGUCAAACCACCCUCGAUCAACCAUAAUAUGCACUCAGACGAAGCGCUGCCGGUUCCUGAGGAUGUUCGGAGCGUGGCUUCGGAUACAACAAGCGAGCUGCCAUCAGCACCGACGAGUCUACUCGCGCUAUUAGAGAACGACCAGUGAACGAGGCGUUCCAUUGUGAGAUCCUCAUUCUACUUCGACGACAGAGCUGCGCCCCCUCAUAGGGUACCGAUCUCUUCUGCCACUGGAUCGUAUCGGCAGCCUAUGUCCACUCACAAAAUCAUUCCGUGGGCGAACCUACUUUUGCUAGCUGGUGUAUCGGCAAUGUACGAAGUAUAGCUCACAACAUUGACGCACAAGUUUAUCGCUCUUGUGUCCACGGUGAGUGUGGGCCAAACACUACGCUCCAUCCAAUACUUGGCACCUCCUGAUUGUGACGUGCGACUGUCUCGACUGGGUACUAUCAUCUGAAGCGGCAGAUAACAGAGCUACGGAUUACUUUGGAUUGAAAUAUGGCUAUACAACGGAGUGGACAUGCUCGUCUCACAAAGAUUAUUUGCUUUACUCCUUGAGGAGGUGACUGCAUCGAACCUGAGUAUCAGAAACUUCAAGCCACUGGUUGGCUGGAGUCUGCCGUAAAGACGAAUUGAGUGAGCAAUGGUGAAGCACACAUCAAGGGACGACUCCUUCAUACUUGUGCUAUCCAUUGUGAGCUCAUGUUCACAUUGGGGAGAUCAACGAGUCUAUUCCAUACGUUGCAAAAGUCAUGAGGCUGAGGCUGAUAUCCCGACUACAUGUCUCCACCAUAUCAUUUUCUG